CCAAUCCUUCACCAUAUUUGAUUGAUUGAUUGCGCCGUGACUGCAGGGACUCCGAUCCGAUCGAUCUCCUCUAUCUUACACCCAGUUCUAGUUAGAGACAUAGGGACAGCUAAGCACAAUGCUCGCCCUCCACACGCGACGGUCCGUCCUCGCCCGCUCCACCCGUCUAGCUACCAGCAAAAAGGUCCUGCCCGCCACGCGGAAAACCUUCCACUCUAGUCCGGCGCACGCAGAGCGACCGACAUGGAUGCCGAUGCGGGUGAAGACGCCGUGGGUUGAGGCGCUGACGAAGAGUCGCGACGAUGCGCGCGCCCCGAAGAAGGCUCAGCCGGCGGGCGCGAGAGACAGUCUGCCGCCGAAGAGGAUGGCCGAUAGUUAUUAUAAGGCUGUUCUGCCGCUGGCACAGGAUAAAUGGCUGCUUGAUUCUUAUUUGAAUGCGUCGGGGCAUAUUAGGCUCGGCUCGUUGUUAAUGGAUCUGGAUGCCUUUUCGGGUGUCAUUGCCUAUAGGCAUACAGGCGACUCGGUCACGACAGUAACCGCAGCCGUGGAUCGCAUCACCAUCGAGCAUCCGCUGAUGGAGAUCUGCGAUCUGGAACUCAGCGGCCAAGUCACGUAUUCGACUGGUCGGUCUAGUAUGGAGAUUUCUCUGCAGGUUGCCAAGGCCCCGCCGGAGGGACAGGAGGCUAAGCCUGAGGAUGUUCUUAUUACGUGCGCGUUCACGAUGGUGUCGCUUGAUCCGGUGACCAAGAAGCCCGUGCCUGUCGCGCCUUUACUGAUCGAAACCCCCGAAGAGCGCCUUCUCUUCAAGAAAGGCGAAGAGAACUACCAGGCCAAGAAGGCUCUCCGCACGAAGAGUCUCCUAGAAAAGGCCCCCGACGCGGAAGAGAGCAACCUCAUCCACUCAAUGUGGACCAAAGAGAUGUCCUACCUAAACCCCGAAUCCCCCUACAAACGCCCCUCCAACCUAGUCUUCAUGAACGACACGGUCCUCAAAUCCGCCAUGAUUAUGCAACCCCAAGACCGCAACCGCCACAACUUCAUGAUCUUCGGCGGCUUCCUGCUCAAGCAAACCUUCGAGCUGGCCUUCUGCUGCGCCGCCUCCUUCUCGCACACCCGCCCCAACUUCGUCGCCCUCGACCCCAGCACUUUCGAGAACCCUGUGCCCGUCGGUAGCGUGCUGUAUCUCCGCGCGACGGUGGCGUUCACGGAGCCAUUGGAGGAGGAGGGUCCGCUGAGCAAGUAUACGAAGGUGCAGGUGCGCGUUGACUCGAAGGUUCGCGAUGUGGAGCACGGCACGAAGAAGUCCACUGGCAUGUUCAAUUAUACGUUCUUGGUGGAGAAGGAUGUGCAGGUUACGCCGAAGAGUUAUGGCGAGUUUAUGUUGUGGACUGAUGCGCGGAGACGCUCGUUGAAUGCGGCUAGUGUGACGGGGUCGAAGGAGUUAAGUACGUUGCGGGGGAUUAAGGACAGUGUUACUGAGUAGUGGGAAGUAUUGAGCGAUAUUAUAUGAGCAUGUAUAUUUGGAUU